AUGGAGGCAAAGCUUUCAGGGAUCAAGAACAUCUCGACUGUAACAACAAAGAUUUUCUGCGUCGAGAAACUUGCAAACGGGGAGAUGAAAAUCAGGUUGGAUCUCGAUGACCACCCUCUCCCUCCUCCAGACGGGAGCUCGGACUCAGAAGGCUCCAACGCGCCAUCUGAGAACUCACCCACCUCGUCCUCUGUGUACCUAUCUCCAACCCCCGAGAGCGUGGAAAUCCACUGA